UUCAGGUUAAAAUAUAACAAACAUUAAAAUUUAAUGACACAUUUAGGCAUCAAAACAUCGGUAAAUCUGGCUUAAACAAGGGUAAUAAUACUUUCUAGAACUCGUGUAUUGCCAGAAAAUUCUUUACCAUGGCUGAUACUAAAAGCAAGGCUCUUGAAGAGAAAGAAAAGGGGAAUGCAGCUUAUAAACAAAAGAAUUUUGAUGCGGCGUUGCAGCACUAUGAAGCUGCUUUUCAACUUGAUCCCACAAACAUGACACUCCUAACUAAUAAAGGGGCUGUAUAUUUUGAACAAGGCAGAUUAGAUGAGUGUAUUAAAACUUGUGAGCAGGCUGUUGAUAUAGGUCGGGAGAACAGGGCUGACUUUCAGUUAAUUGCAAAGGCUUUAGCAAGAAUAGCAACUGCGUAUUUAAAGAAAGAUGAAUUACAGCAGGCUCUUACUUAUUUUAACAAAAGUUUAUCAGAACAUAGACAACCUGAUAUAGUUAAAAAAGUUCAAGAGGUUCAGCAGAAAAUAAAAGAAAAAGAGAGGUUAGCAUACAUAAAUCCAGAACUAUCUCUUGAGGAAAAAGAGAAGGGAAAUGCUGCUUUUAAAGAAGGCAACUUCCCGUUAGCUGUACAGCACUACACAGAAGCCAUUAGACGCAACCCAGAUGACGCUAAAAUCUACAGUAACAGAGCCGCUUGUUAUACCAAGCUGAUGGAGUUUGCUAUGGCUCUUAAAGAUAGUGAAGAGUGUAUAAAAUUAGACCCUAAAUUUAUUAAAGGCUUUUUGCGAAAAGGUGCUGUUUUGUUAGCUAUGAAGGAACCAACUAAAGCAACUUUAGCAUAUCAAAAGGCAUUAGACUUAGAUCCUAGUAACUCAGAAGCCCUUGAUGGUUACAGAAAAGCCCUGAUGGCAGAAAGUGAAGACCCUGAAGCUGUGAAACAAAAAGCAAUGAACAACCCAGAGGUCCAGCAGAUUCUCAGUGACCCUGCCAUGCAGAUGAUUCUUGCCCAGAUGUCCAAGGAUCCCAAGGCUGCUAGGGAACAUCUAAAAAACCCUGAUGUGGCUGCCAAGAUUGAAAAGCUGAUGGAAUGUGGCAUUGUAUCUCUGCGCUGAUCUAUGUGGACCUAACAUUUCGACUUCACCACACUCAUGUAAGCCGCCUAAACACCAACUGAAGCACGGGUAGCUGCUAAUUUCAAACUUUUAACAAGUGAUAGUUGACAUUCAAGGUUUAGAUAUAUAGACCAUAUUGUUUUAGUUUUUCAGCAAGGUAAUCAAUUUUUUUUUUCAAUACAUUUUCAUGUUUAUAUUUUAACUUCAAUUUUCAAUACAUUUUUACUUUUGUUGAGACAAUGUAUCAAUAUUUUGAUAAUUAAAGUAUUUUUGUUGUUAACAAAUUCCAUCAUUGGACCUUUCCAUAUUGCAUCUCACCUGAAGACAUUUGACUGUGGUCUAUUAUCUGUGUUGUCAGGUAGCCUUAAUUUACUGCUUAUUAAAAAAAAAAAGACAUAAAAUUUCAUUGUGUGUAACUUAAGUGUUGCUUUAAUUGAGUAUUUAAAUUGACCAUCACAGAGCAUAGCCACAAAGCAGGAUGUUAAAUUUUGCAUUGCAUAUUUUGGCAUGUAUUACAAAUAUUUCUUGUGAUUAAUUUUUAAUUUAAAUUUUUUAGCAUUAUUGAUCUAUUGUAGUUGAUGAGCUGAUAAGAAAAUUAAUGAAAUAAAAACAUUUCUUAGUGAUCAGCAAAAACUUGUAGCGAUUUCAUAUUCUAUUAACAAAUGAAAUACCUAAUUAUUCUAGGUCUUAAUUACACUUGAACUCGUUUGUUACUGGAUAUCUCCUCAGCAUUGGCCGCUUGUUCAAUAUUUCAUAGCAAAUAAUUUAAAUUUUUUUCACUGUGGUUUCUGUUGAAUUUAAAUAGGAUAUUUAACAUCUUAACUAUGUGCUGGUCUUUCAUGCUAGUACCAUUUUUGUGUUUUUUAGACUUCAUAUAUUACCAUAAAAUUCUAGAUUUCUAAACGAUAUCAUAGGUCCCCAUGAUCAUAUUUAUAAGCAGAGAUAAUUGUCUUAACUUGAUGUGUAUCGAACAUUUGUAUUAAAAAUUUCAUACUUAUAAUUGUAAAAAUGCUCAUUUUCAACUGAUUCAAGUGCUUGUUUAAAUAAAUGCUACAAAUUUAA